AUGGGUUUGUCCGUUGAGCUCAAGACCCCGGUGACGGGCCCCUACAACCAACCUACUGGACUGUUCAUCAACAACGAGUGGGUUGAGGGUGUCGACAAGCAGACUUUCGAGGUCAUCAACCCCUCCACCGAGGAGGUCAUCACCUCCGUCCACGAGGCUACCGAGAAGGAUGUCGACAUUGCCGUCGCCGCCGCCCGCAAGGCCUUCGAGGGCGAGUGGAGAAAGGUUGCCCCCAGCCAGCGUGGUUACCUCCUGAACAAGCUCGCCGAUAUCGCCGAGAAGAACACCGACCUCCUGGCCGCCGUCGAGUCUCUCGACAACGGAAAGUCCAUCUCCAUGGCAAAGGGCGACGUCGGUGCCGUCGUCGGCUGCUUGAGAUACUAUGGAGGCUGGGCCGACAAGAUUGAGGGCAAGACCAUUGACGUUGCCCACGACAUGUUCCACUACACUCGUGCCGAGCCCAUCGGUGUCUGUGCCCAGGUUAUUCCCUGGAACUUCCCCCUCCUCAUGCUCUCCUGGAAGAUUGCCCCUGCCCUGGCGACGGGUAACACCAUUGUCAUGAAGACCGCCGAGCAGACCCCUCUGUCCGCUCUCGUCUUCGCCCAGUUCAUCAAGGAGGCCGGCUUCCCCCCCGGUGUUUUCAACCUCAUCAACGGUUUCGGCAAGAUCGCCGGUGCCGCCCUCUCCUCCCACAUGGACGUUGACAAGAUCGCCUUCACCGGCUCCACCCUCGUUGGUCGCCAGAUCAUGAAGGCCGCCGCCAGCUCCAACCUGAAGAAGGUUACCCUCGAGCUCGGCGGAAAGUCCCCCAACAUCGUCUUCAACGACGCCGACAUUGAGCAGGCCAUCUCCUGGGUCAACUUUGGCAUCUACUACAACCACGGCCAGUGCUGCUGCGCCGGUACCCGUAUCUUCGUCCAGGAGGGCGUCUACGACAAGUUCCUCGCCGCCUUCAAGGCGCGUGCUGAGCAGAACAAGGUCGGCGACCCCUUCCACCCUGAGACCUUCCAGGGCCCCCAGGUCUCCCAGCUGCAGUUCGACCGCAUCAUGGGCUACAUCAAGGCCGGCAAGGACGAGGGCGCCACCGUCGAGACCGGCGGUGCCCGCCACGGCGACAAGGGCUACUUCAUCCAGCCCACCAUCUUCAGCAACGUCCGCCCGGACAUGAAGAUCAUGCAGGAGGAGAUCUUCGGCCCCGUCUGCGCCAUCGCCAAGUUCAAGGACGAGGAGGAGGUCAUCAAGCUCGGAAACGACACCACCUACGGUCUGGCCGCCGCCGUCCACACCACUGACCUCAACACCGCCAUCCGCGUCAGCAACGCCAUCAAGGCCGGCACCGUCUGGGUCAACUGCUACAACAUGCUCUCCUACCAGGUGCCCUUCGGUGGCUUCAAGGAGUCCGGUAUCGGCAGAGAGCUCGGCGAGGCCGCCCUCGCAAACUACACCCAGAACAAGUCCGUCGCGAUCCGUCUGGGCGGAGCCUUGUUCUAA